AAAAUAAAUAUACUCGGGUAUGAUACCAAACAUCUUAUCCUGUGUGAUAUCAGUAUAACACAAUGCGGUCACGCCAUCUCACUCUGAAUGAAGCAACCCCCCCCUCUGGGCAGUUCUAAUAAAAAAGUAGGCUAUUCGGAAGACUCGAACCAUCCUUAACCCUCCAGAGCGCCCGAUUCGGUAUGUAAGUGUACGAGAGGGUACGAACGAUACCUACCUCACUCAGGUACCGGGACGGGAUCCAGCGAAGCACCCUCUCAUCAAGAGCACCAGAUAUGAUAUGGGGCCGGAGGGUGGUUGCGGAUUUGUAAGCAAGAGAGUUUCCAUAUGAUAGCAGUCUGCCGGUAUAACCUACUACCAUGCUCGCAGCACCGCAUACAGUACUUUCAUAUCACACCAUAAUUUACCAACGUCAGCCAUGAGCGAUUUUCCCCAGCUCUUGACACAACCCCGGAACGAAUAAUUCCAUUGUGUGGAUGAAUGACAAAUCCACACAGCCCGGAAUCUGUCUGCGAGAGGGAUGUGGAUAUGGUAUAAAUUUACCCGUCCCCCCCCCCCCCCCUUCCAUCUGGGGCCGUUGCUGUUACUUGGUGUACUAGUACGAGUACAGUACUGUGUGGUGCUAUCCUUACUUUAACCUACACUACGACGUUUUCUCCACGCGAGGACCGGGUAUUAUAUAUAUAAAGAAAAAAAGAGGAGUACUUAGCCCCCCUUCUCUCUCGCGGACGGAAUGUCUGAAUUCACUGUGGAAAUCGUCUCCGGUAAGUUGGUCGUCAUCCCUCCUCAACUUUCGCAACUCUGGGAGGUUGGUUGGCUGGCUCAGUGAGUGAGUGACUGACGAACGAAUCGGCGUGAGUUUUAGAUACCGUGUGUCCCUGGUGCUAUGUCGGCCACAAGAAGUUGCAGAAGGCGAUGGCUGCGUAUAAGGCCCGAUCCCCUGACGCGACCUUCUGCGUGUCCUGGAAACCCUACUACCUGAACCCGAACGCGCCGACGCCUGCUAUCGAAAAGGCGGAAUUCUACAGGAACAAGUUCGGGGACGACCGCGCUGCUAUGAUAUUCGCGCGAUUGCGGGGUGUGGGGAGGGAUGUCGGCAUUGACUUCAAAUUUGGCGGGAAGACGGGGAGUACUAGGGAUUCGCAUCGGUUGAUUCAGCUUGCGGGGCAAGAGGAGGAGGGGGGGACGCUACAGACAAGGGUUGUUGAGGAGAUUUUCAGGAGUUAUUUUGAGAAUGAGGAGGAUAUCACGGAUCAUGGUGUUUUGACUGCGGCCGCGGUGAGGGCUGGGUUGGAGGAGGGGAAGGUGAGAGGGUGGUUGGAGAGCGGUUCGGGUGGGGAGGUAGUGGAUAGGGAGGUUGGGAAGGCGCAGGUGAUGGGGAUUAGAGGGGUGCCGAACUUUACUAUCAAUGGCGAGUGGCAGAUGGGCGGUGCGCAGGAUCAUAUGGAGUUUGUGAGGGUCUUCGAACAGGUUGCUGAUAAGGUGUAA